UUCAUUACAUUCGAAAAUAUAAAAUGUGUUUUUUUUUCCCUUCAAUCAAAUAAUUAUGUUUCGAAAGAUGCGCUUAGGCCAUAGUUGAAAGUGAAAAAAUGAAGAAGAAGAAGGUUCACCAUAGCGACGAUGAAGAGGACGACACUUUCUACUAUCGCUACUCUUCCGUCGCAGCACCACCGUCUUCGAACCCUAAACAACCUUCUUCCUCCUCCUCCUCCGCCAAAUCAUCAGCUCCCAGCGGCGGAUCUGGCGGCUUAGCUCCUUCGAAAUCAACACUCUACGUCUCCAAUCUCGAUUUCUCCCUAACCAAUUCCGACAUCCACACUCUCUUCUCCACCUUCGGCAAGGUCGCUCGUGUCACUGUUCUCAAGGAUCGCCACACUCGCCGCUCACGUGGCGUAGCGUUCGUGCUCUACGUCUCUCGCGAAGACGCGGCUAAAGCAGCGGGUUCCAUGGACGGGAAGAUACUUAACGGCCGGAAACUAACGGUUUCGAUCGCCGCAGAUAACGGACGUGCGUCGGAGUUUAUUAAGAAGAGAGUGUACAAGGAUAAGUCGAGGUGUUACGAGUGCGGAGACGAAGGGCAUCUUUCAUAUGAGUGCCCUAGGAAUCAAUUGGGUCCAAGGGAGAGACCACCGCCGCCUAAGAAAAGAGGGCGGCGGAAGGAGGAGGAAGGAGAGGCUGAGGAAAUUAGGGAUUGGUCUGCUGCGCCGUCGUCGUCGUUGACUGUGGCUGAGGAUGUAUUUGAGGAGGACAAUUGGGCUUCGGUGGUGGAUAAUGAAGCUGGAGAGAGGUUGAGAAUGAGAGAAGCAGAGGAAGAAGAAGAGCGGAGGAAGAAGAGAAAAGACAAGACAGCUAGUUACUUUAGUGAUGAGAGCGAUGAUGAAGAUUAGAGUUAUUAAGAUCCAUUUUCUGAGUUUGUGAAUACUGAAUUAGAUAGAGAGAGAUAUAUGAUCAUAAGCUUCAGAGCAUCUUCGAUUCACCUUUGUGUUUCAGAUUCUGGAUUUGAGUUGAUCUGAGGUUUUGUCUUGAUGAGUCUGCUUCUUUUGUCUAAGUGAUUUAGCGUCCAAGAAGAUACGUUUUCACCAGAAAGCGCAACUCUUUUGAGUUCUUGUUUGAAGAUUACAUCGUUGUUUUGAUUUUAAGAGUACACUCUUAUACAAUCCAGUGUAUCUCUGUCACCUAUUGAGUUAUAUACAGUGAGAUCAAUUUUCAGGUUUGUUAA